CGCGGCCGGCUCCGGACGCGCUAAGAUGGCGACUCCCAUGCAUCGGCUCAUAGCCCGGAGACAAGCUGAAGCAAAUAAGCAACAUGUAAGAUGUCAGAAAUGCUUGGAAUUUGGACAUUGGACUUACGAAUGCACAGGGAAAAGAAAAUACCUACAUCGGCCUUCUAGAACAGCAGAACUAAAGAAAGCUUUAAAAGAAAGAGAAAACAGAUUAUUAUUACAACAAAGCAAUGGAGAAGCUAAUGUAGAAAGAAAAAGCAAGAAAAAAAGGUCUAAGAGUAUCACCAGUUCCAGUAGCAGCAGCAGUGACAGUUCCGCUGACUCUUCAUCGGAGAGUGAAGAGUCGUCUACCUCAUCAUCCUCCGAGGACAGUGACACUGAGGAGAGCUCUUCCAGUUCCUCCUCCUCCUCCUCCUCCAGCAGCUCUUCCUCCUCCUCAGAUUCAGACUCGGAUUCCAGCUCCUCUAGCAGCAGCAGCACCAGCACGGACAGCAGCUCCGAUGACGAACCCGCAAAGAAGAAGAAAAAGAAAUAAGCGGAGGCAGCCACACUGGACGGACGGACUGACAAUACCCUGACUCUCAGAAGGGACUGAGAAGUUGUUAGACCAAAUAGAUUCACUGGUCAAAAUUUCUAGAAUUCAAGUUUUUACAUAUUUUACAUUGUAAGAGCAUAAAGAGUAAUAAUAAUGCAUUAUAUCUGUAUACAUACGUGUAUACCUAAAAGACCUUUUAUUUUAAGGGUGAAUCUUCCUUUUUUUUUUUUUAUCUCUUUUGUUUUGUUUUUGUUUUUUGGGUCACACCCGGUGAUGCACAGGGGAUACUCCUGGCUCAUGCACACAGGAAUUACUCCUGGCGGUGCCGCGGGGACCAUUUGGGAUGCUGGGAAUCGAACCCGGGUCGGCUGAGUGUAAGUCAAACGCCCUACCCGCUGUGCUAUCGCUCUAGCCCCCUCUUUUUUUUUUUUUAAAAUCUCUUGAACUCAGUCAGAGCUGAAAGUCCAGUAAAUCUGUUUUGUGAUGAAAUUUAUCUUUUCUCCUUGUGAAAUGAAUAAAUGCCAUACUUUGUAUGUUUUCAGGAUAAUGCGUUCAGACUAUCUGGCAGUGAGUGAAUUUCUAAUGCUUUUGGCUCAGUGUUACUAUGUAAUAUUUAAUACAUUGUACUAUAAUCUUAGGUGUUUUCCUACUGUCAAUAAAUGUGCUUUAUUUUUA